GUUGUUUUCAAAAGGAAUCAAAACUAAAUAACAAUGUUUAAAACUGAAAUAUUUGAAAAUAAAAAUUAAUUAAUAUUUUUGAAGCUUGGAGAAUAAAUAUUGGAAAAUUUGGAAAAUGAGUUUUGGCGUUUUGCGGUUGAUCUUGGAAAAACCAAUGAUUCCCUUUUUAUGGAAAUAAAGUUUUUAGUAUUAUUGCUGUUCGUUUUUAUACCAGGGUUCGCAUUUUCUAUUGCUUUUAUUGGUUCUUCUUGGAUUGGAAAACUUGCAGUGGGAAUAACUGGUUUGGUGUGUUUUAUUGUCAGUUUAACAUUAGCCGUUAUAAUAAAGAAACGUUUUUGUUCAAAAAAAGAAGUUGAACCUUCUUUGCCACAAAACGUUCAAGUUUUAUUUAAUCCAAUAAUAAUUUUGGAAGAUGAAGAAAACAAACAAAGUGGUCCUAUUUACGAAUCGAGCUAUUCAAACUACGCAGGAAAUUUACAUUUGCUAGGUGUUCAUCGCUUUAUUGGACUGCCAACAUCCAAAGUAUUAGAGAAUGGAGAAAAAGAAGAAACUGAAGAAAUAACUGUGCAAAUGAAAUUUGAUUGAAGAAAUAACUGUACAAAUGAAAUUUGAUUGAAGAAAAUGAAAAGACAUUGAUUAUAUAUCGUGUAUAAUUGUUAUGAAUUAAUAAAAUUAUUUAACUUGUAA